AAGCAUGCGAUAUCUUCACCGGUAGUCGGCUCCGUCCCGCCUAACAGCACGCCGGAAUUCGCAUCAAACGUGCGCCGAGACGUGAGGCAACCGGGGCGUGCGUAAAAGCAAUGGACGUAGGUACGUAGUUAUCGCCAUGGAUCCCGGGCAUAUAUAUAGACGGGAUGGGCAUCGACCGCGGGGACGGAGGAGCAAACACGUACGCACUGUGUGUGUGUGUCUGCGAGCAGAAGCACAUUACAUUGGCACAGCAGGAUCGACGAGGAUGGCGUUCAUGCGGUACGACUACAGGGCGCUGCCGCAGGAGACGACGGUGGAGGAGUUCAGGGCGUGGCUGGCGCAGUUCGACGCGGACGGGGACGGGCGGAUCAGCCGGGAGGAGCUGCGGGAGGCGCUGCGCAGCCUCGACCUGUGGUUCGCAUGGUGGAAGGCUAGGGAGGCGCUGCGGGACGCCGACGCCAACCGCAACGGCCUCGUCGACGGCGACGAGAUGGCCAGGCUCUACGCCUUCGCCCGCAACAACCUCCACCUCAAGGCCGCCGACCUCGACGUCGAUGCAUAGUAUGUAUUGUAGAAUAAUAUCUUUCUGAAUUCUGAUCGAUCCAUCGUUCCUUCCCCUGCUACGUACCACGACUAGCAGAUACUAGCUGGCUUGGCUGAUUGAUUACUUAUUACUAGUUUGUAAAUAAUUGAAGUGGGUUUUGUA